CUUUUCAGUGAAAAAAUCAGCGGGGCUGAAGGAACAAAACUAGAUGAAGACUUCCAGGAGAUGGAAAGGAAAAUCGAUGUCACCAACAAAGCAGUAGCAGAACUCCUGUCAAAAUCCACGGAAUAUCUCCAGCCUAAUCCAGCAUCCAGAGCCAAGCUGGGGAUGUUGAACACGGUGUCCAAGAUCCGAGGUCAAGUGAAAGUCACAGGGUACCCGCAGCCAGAGGGGCUGCUCGGGGAUUGCAUGAUUCGGUACGGGAGAGAACUCGGAGAGGAAUCGACGUUUGGUGAGCGUGUGCUGCUUUGCCGUGUUAGCUGUGCUGCUCUGGUGGAUGUGGGGGAGAGCAUGAAGCAAAUGGCUGAAGUGAAGGACUCUCUGGACAUCAACGUCAAACAGAACUUCAUCGACCCCCUUCAGUUGUUGCAAGACAAAGACCUGAAGGAGAUCGGGCACCAUCUCAAGAAACUGGAAGGUCGACGUUUAGACUACGACUACAAAAAGAAGCGUCUGGGGAAAAUACCAGACGAAGAGGUUAAGCAAGCUGUGGAGAAGUUUGAAGAGUCCAAAGAGCUGGCGGAGAGGAGCAUGUUCAACUUUUUGGAAAACGAUGUAGAGCAAGUCAGCCAGCUGCUCGUUCUGAUUGAAGCUGCUCUAGACUACCACAAACUGUCUGCCGAAAUCCUCGAGGACCUGCAGAGCAAGCUCCAGAACAGGAUAAAUGUUGCAUCGAGUCGUCCCAGACAGGAGUUUAAGCCCAAACCGGUGAUAAUGACGACUCUGGAAAUAAGUGAUCGCCAACAGCACAACGGCAUCUCAUUCAGCUCGCCACUAAAAUCAACAGGUUCUUCGUUGCACAUGGACCAGCCGUGCUGCCAAGCCUUGUUUGACUUUGAGCCAGAAAACGAAGGCGAGCUUCCCUUUAAGGAAGGGGACGUCAUUACGUUAACCAACCAGAUUGAUGAGAACUGGUACGAAGGGAUGUUGAACGGCCUGUCGGGCUUCUUCCCCAUCAAUUACGUCGAAGUCAUUGUGUCGUUGCCCCAGUGAGUGCCUUCCACUGUCCCAACCACGGAUGCAUCUUUGCGACCAAAAACCUUUGCCCAAAGUGGAUUCCCUUUGUGUGGCGCUUCUGUGGAAGCCUGGCUUUCUCCGACUGACUCUUGACUUUUUGUACGCGUCUUUCAGAAACGUAUUAUUUAUUUUGUAUUCAUGUAGCUUGUACAUAUAUCUAUUAAACCCUUCUUCCCUUUUGUGAAGUGAAAAUAGAAGAGGGGGAAAUUUGACCUGGCCAACUGUUUUGCUUUGUGGCGUCGGGGGGUGUUUAUCAGUAGCUCAGUGGCUGCUCCAGAAAGUACAUUUAGUUGCUCGUGUCUGCAAGCUCCCAAACCCACCUGUGUUUUGACUGCAGGAAAUUUAUUCUGGACUGCCGCUCUCAGAGAGAGUGUCGAGCUACCUGUAACCAGAUGACAUUAAGCAAACUUUCUUCUGUGCAUCUUAACUGUGAAAAGCUAUUGCCCUCUGUGUGCUAAGAGCAGCCUGGUAGCCUUCAUGAAGAUGUUGCUGUACUCAGUAUGCUGUCUGAAAGUCAAAAGCUAUAAGACACUGACCAAAUGUAAUAAACACUGCCAUGGGGAA